UUUUCAUGGAUAAUCGAGGUAUGGUGAAGGAUCAAAAGGGCUUAUUAUAAUCAAAGAAAUCUUCACUGCUAUCUCUCUUGUAGAUUACAAGUGAUUUAGUGGAAAUUUUUUAGGCAUAUAAUGGACAUGGAAGUAGCUUCCUUCAAAACAAGCACUAACUUCCCUCUAUAAGUAUUUUUAGGAGUCCAUAAUCCUUCUUCACCACACACACAAAAAAAACCCCUUUGAUCCUAACUUGCUCUCUCUCUCAAUAAUGGGUGCCGCUCAAAAACUCUGUUCCUUCAGCUGCGAAAUCAGAAUCCUACAAGCCAAAAACAUAGAGUUCAUAUCUCCAAAGAAUCUCUUCGUUAGAUAUUAUCUUUCUGCAGGCAACAACAAGAGGAUUCGUCUGAACACGAAGCAAACCUCUUCCAAUUCCGAGUUCAUAUGGAACGAGUCUUUCUGUUUGGAGUGUUUGGGUUCAGAAGACUCCAUCCAGAGCCUCAAACAAGCAACCGUCGUCUUCGAGCUCCGGCGGGCUAAAACCCAACAUGUUUUUGGCAGACUUUUCGGGUCGUCGUCGUCGUCUCAACUUCUGGGUAGGGCUGAGAUCCCUUGGAAUCAGGUUUUUGAAUCGCCAAACAUGGACAUUGACAGAUGGGUGUCGUUGGUUUCUGCUAAUAAUGGGUCUGUUCGUGAAGGCUUUAAGCAACCGAAAUUGAAAGUGGGGAUGAGAGUGAGAGUUGCAGCAGAAAUGGAGAUGGAGAAAAAGAGGAGAUUGAGGAAGUGGAGCGAUGAGUGUGGAUGUGAAUCCAAAGUGGGGCAUUUCUGUGGGGAUCAUGAGUUCUUCGCCCUUGCUGCUGCCAUGGAAUUCUUGUAGCCAUAAAACCGUCGUUGCUUGUAAAUUUUGAAGAGAUACCAUAUUCUUGAAUCUUUCUAACAGUACAAUACUUGGCAUUUUCCAACCAUCUUGUAUCUCAAUUUAUUACCACUAUAUUUGAGACCC